AUGAUGAUUCCUAACAUCGGAAGAAGAAAAAAGGCUUUGGUAUUGCCUUAUUUGGGAUGUCAACGAAAGCUUUUAGUGUAUAUAUGUACAUUAUUUGUAACAUUGAUACUGGUGGGAUUGAGUAGGAAUGGCUCAUCGUUCCUUGUAAGAACGGCCGGAAUUGAACCCACUUGCGAGAAUGUUGAGGUCUUCUUCGUUGAGGAAGUGACAAAACUUGUAUGCAGCGAUUGGGCAUUUCAAUUCAGCGGCACUCAACUGAAUGGUUCCUUCACCUACCAACAAGCUUCAUCGAGAAAAGUACUUCUUUCUCCAGACCUUGUCGGUGUUGCAAUGAACUAUAGAUUCACAACGUGUGGAAGCUAUAAUGUUGCGAGUUAUGUGGUGCGAUUGAAUGGACAAAAUAUCAUGAAUCUUACUCGUCUGAAACCUCAAACCUAUUGCAAACUUCAAGAUGGAUGCAAUUUAGGAGUAAUGAAGGCAACCACUAGUGACAUCUCUUCUACAUCAUACAUGCUUCUCAAAACCUAUAACAACAUCAUGACCUUACAAAGACCAACGACAGAAAAGCUAGCCAUUGAAUCCAUGUCGCUCUAUAUUUGUUACCUGAGUAGCAGUGUUUCUGUUAUUGAUCUCAAAUUGCUGCCGCUGAAAACAAUUUAUAUGUCAGUUGGAUCCAAUAAGACAUCCACCUCCAACUACACAACCUUGUCUGUCACCAACUAUGGACCAGACAUAGCUACAGACAUUGUUCUAGAUGUUCGGCUGUCACAACCAUUUUUAUUAAGCUCUUUUAACUUGACCUUUAUGAAUUUUAGAAAACUCAUUGGAACAAACAAUUUAACUCUGUUGACCUCCGUCAGUAGCGUCUUGCAAUCCAUGAAUAAUGCGUCUGCCCAAUAUUUAAUUAAGAAUCUAAACAUUGCCCAGAAUGUAAUUGUUUCUUUUGAUUGCACCCUAUGGUUCAACGCUUCUAAAUUGAGCAACAAUGUGUCAUCAACCAUGAACAUAACUCUUUCGGGAUUCACUAAUUAUUUCGAGAAAGAGACAAGCAACAACUUGCAGCAAACCAUACUGUUUAUCAACAAGACAACUGAUGUAUUAUCUAAUACGAAGAACAACAGCUCUACUCCUCCCUCCCAUCCAACCUCUCAAAAUUCUACAUUGUUUUUAUAUUCAAAUUUUUCUUCGAUUCAAAACGUUUCCCUUAACAGCGGGGACAAAAUAUCAGUAAUCCAUGUCCCCAAUUCCAAUGCACCAUGCUUCAUAUAUGCAAACUUUAAAUUUCAACUUGCGUUCAAUGGUAGUAUAGGAAUUAGCUCCUCUAUUAGAGGUCAGUCCACCCUUAACGUUUCAACAAGUGGUAUGUUUUACUUUUACUCAUAA